GAGCGCGUGCUCCUCCCUGCUCCGCGGGCUGAGCCGCCGGUCCAGCAGCAGCCAGACACUGGCCACCGGCGCCAGGCUGCAACACGGGGAGCAACGUGGCUACAGCGUGGGGAGUCCCUGGCAAAGAGCCACACCUGCAGCACCCAGAAGAAGCAUGAUUCACAGACAGGAGACCAAACUUCAAAGUGAAAAAGGGGACUGAAGAACCAGAUUUUCUUAGGUAAAGACAAGCGAUAUAAUUUACUGCGUAAAAGAAGAGAAGAUGCUUGGCAGCUUGGCACCUGCACUAAUGAAGCCAAUACCCUUAUAUACUUUCUCUUUUUGGCUGGUUCUCUUUUUGGCUGGCUUUCUUGGCUUAUGCAUUACUAAUAGGUUUGUGAGAAGUCAGAAGAACCAUACGCUAAUUUUCACCAGGGAAAGCACAAUUCGCAACUGCAGCUGCUUGGCAGAUAUCCGUGAUUGUGAUUACAGCCUGGCAAACUUGAUGUGCAAUUGCAAAACGGUGUUGCCUUCUACCAUGGAGAAAACAAGCUACAACAGCAACCUGACCAUUUGGUUCACAGACACCUCUGGGCUGGAGAUGGUCCUUAACUUUACAAGGGUGUGUGAUUUGAAGCUCUCUUUCUGCGGCACCACUCCUCUCCCAACAGAAUACUUGAUCAUCUGGGGACUGCGAAAGCUCCGGGUAAACAACAAGGUCAAGGGACAAUUUCCAGAGCAGAGUGUAACCAUCUAUAGUAGCAGCAACAACGAGAAAGGGGACCCAUUUGCAAUGCACAACAAAGACAGGCAAAUGCUUGUAUAUAUUUCUUUUCUGGAUACCUCUCUUUUCAAUGGAUAUUCUUUGCUGAAGUCCUACAGUGUGGAAAAUGUCUCUAGUAUCACAGAGCACUUUCCUAGCCUGCUAUACUCUGAUGCUUUCUCAACAUCAGAUAACAAGAGCUAUGUUGUAACAUUCAUCUACUGAGCUGUUUAACAUACUCAGCAGCCAGAGACAUGGUACCUGCUAAGAGAAAGAUGGGACUUCUGGAAAUCUAUUUGGUUUGGCCAGGAAAAGCCAUUAUGGGGUGGGCAGUUAUGACUCUGAUAGCACUCUACAAGAAGGUAUUUAAAAUGACGCAGACUCAUCAAAGCAAUUCAGUAAGCACUGCCUUAAUGAACAAAGAAAAUGCGAAAUGACUGUUUUAGAAAGCAUCAGUAUAAAUUCUGUUUAUGUAUUGUAUUCUAAGAAUUGAAAUCUGCUGCCAAUUUUGUUUUGAGGGUGUGUCUUACUCAAACAGAAAAAGACAUAACCAAGCACCUCCAGUUGUAAAACAACCUGAGCCUCCUGUAGCAUCACUUGGGUUGGAUGGGACCUUGGGACAUGUCCAGCCCAACCUCAUGCCCAAAGCAGGGCCAGCUCUGGGAUCAGACCAGGCUGCUCAGGGCUGGGUCCAGGCGGGUGUUGAAAACCUCCAAGGAUGCAGCCUGCACAACUCCUCUGAGCAACCUGCUCCAUUGCCUGUCUGUCCUCAUGUGGAAAUUUUUUCACCAUAUUAAAUCGGAAUCUCCCUCUUGUUCAAUUUGUGACCCAUCUUUUUUUCCCAACGUGCACCUCCAUAAAAAGGCUGGCUCUGUCUUCUCAGAAACCUCUUCCUACGUAGGGGAAGGCUGCUGUCAGGGCACACUGCUGGCUACUGUUUAGCUUGCUGAUGUCCAGGCCCCCAGGGCCUUGUCUACAGAGCUGCUCCCAGGCAGUAUAAAUGCAUGGGAUUAUUCCUUCCUGGGGCAGGGCUUUGAAUUUGUCACUGUUAAAUUUCAUGAGGUUCCUGUCAACUCAAUCAUGGACUUUUAGGUGUUGCAUGUAGUAAACUUGCAAAAUGUAUAAGCUUGACAGAAGAUGAGUGCCUUGUAAACAACAGGGAACAUUCAUGAAAUUCUGAAGCUGUGGGGUCUAGGAAGAGGACCACUGACCCAAAGAUGUAAUGGCUUCAAUUCCUAGCCUUGCUGUUGGCCUAGGGUAAACACUUCCCUUUCUGAGACUCAGGAAAACAUCUAUAAAACAGGAACAAUGUCAGUGACCACCUUUGUAAUGAGCCUUGAGACCCACCAAUGAAAAGUGCUGUGUAAGAAUUUGGUAUCAGUUAUCACUGUAAAAUAAACAUACUGGAUCUUUUA